AGAAGCAGAAACAGCUCCAACUAGCAAUCUCUGCCACAGUAAUCCUAACUCUUCUUCUUCUUCUUCCUAGUUAUUAUUGAGAAAUACAAGAGAAGCAGAGGAAAUGCUGCUGGCAAAAGCUCCUCCUGCUCCAAUACCUGUGAACUUGAGCGCCAAACCUAAACCAAGGCUCCUUGAACCCAACUGGAAGUCAUCGAGGGGGCUCAAAUUGGUUGUUAGAGCUGGGUAUACUCGCACACCCCUGGAAACUUCUGGAGCUUAUCAGCUUAUCGAUGAUGACACCGGUGAAAAGUUCAUUGUUUGGGGAGGAAGUGAUGAUGAUAAUCAUGGCUCUUCUAUUCCUUCCAAACACACUCUCUCCUGGAAACCAUCCACCGCUAAAAUUUUGAAAAAAAAGGAACGCUACAAUGGUCCGGAUGAUGCUGGAGAUACAACGACUUCCAUAACUGGAAAUGAGUGUGUGCCAGCUACUACAGCCAGUGGUUCUCGAACAGCAUUUCAGAGGGGCUUUGCAGGAAAUUUUGGGAGACUAAAACCACAGAGAGUGAGAGCUGCUGUAAAAAAUACUUCUCAGACGAAGCAAAAUGCAAGUGAAAAUGAUGACAAGCUAUUUAUAGAAAAUAAGUCAUUUGGUAAGUCUGUCAUUUCACACCCUAAACUUGAACAUAUUGGGAGAAAGCAGAAAGAAAAUGCCUUCAGAAAUAGAGGAAUAGUUGCAGGAGCUUCCCAGUCACAAGAAGUCAGCGACAUGAUGAAAAUAAGGGGGACAUCAGAUGAUUUUGAUCAUUCUGACAUAACUCUGAAACAAGGUUUUGAACCAUGCUUAGACAAUCUAAACAAACCGGCUAAACAUUCCAAAUCUGACACUGAAACUCGGAUGUCGGAAAUUUCAGCUCCAAGAGUUUCUGCUCGUAACUUAAGAGGUUGGGGCAGUGGAGGUUCUACGCAUAACUUUAGAUCUGAAUCGUCUGACUUUCUAAAGCAAAGGAGGAAGUUGUCCAGUGGCAGUGGCUUUUUUAGUAAAAGAUCCUUUAGAGACUUGGGCUGCAGUGACUUUAUGAUUGAAUCUCUAAAGGAGCUGCUUUUCUUGCGCCCUUCACAUAUACAGGCAAUGACAUUUCCACCUGUUAUUGAGGGGAAGAGCUGUAUUAUAGCCGAUCAAAGUGGAUCUGGGAAGACAUUGGCAUAUCUUGCACCAAUAAUUCAGCGUCUUAGGGAAGAAGAACUGCAAGAAGUUAGCAAAAGCUCAUCACAAAAUCCUCGAGUUGUUAUCAUGGUACCAACUGCUGAGUUGGCUUCUCAGGUUUUGUGUAAUUGCAGAUCGAUCUCAAAAUUUGGGGUACCAUUCAAAUCUAUGGUUGUGACCGGCGGUUUUCGGCAGAGAACUCAAUUGGAAAAUUUACAACAAGAUGUCGAUAUUCUAAUUGCGACGCCUGGUCGGUUCUUGUUUCUGAUCAAAGAAGGCUUCUUGCAGUUAACAAAUCUAAGAUGCGCUGUGUUGGAUGAGGUUGAUAUACUCUUUAAUGAUGAGGGUUUUGAAGUAGCAUUGAAAAGUUUGAUAAAUUCUGCACCUGUUACCGCACAAUAUCUAUUUGUGACUGCAACUUUACCACGAGAGAUAUACAACAAACUAGUUGAAGUAUUUCCCGAUUGUGAAGUGAUCAUGGGACCUGGUAUGCACCGUAUAAGCCCUGGCCUUGAAGAGGUUCUUGUAGACUGCAGUGGAGAAGAUGGGAUUGAAAAAAAUCCAGAAACUGCUUUCUUGAAUAAGAAAUCUGCUCUUCUGCGGCUGGUGGAGGGAAGCCCAGUGUCCAAGACAAUUGUUUUCUGUAACAAGAUUGACACAUGUAGAAAAGUUGAGAAUGCAUUAAAACGUUGUGAUAGAAAAGGAACUCGUGUCCAAGUUCUGCCCUUCCACACUGCUGUGGCUCAAGAAUCAAGGCUUGCAAAUUUUAAGCAGUUCACCCGUUCUCAGGCUGAUGAAGUCUCUCAGUUUUUGGUUUGCACUGAUAGAGCAUCCCGCGGAAUUGACUUUACCGGGGUGGAUCAUGUUGUACUUUUUGACUUCCCACGUGAUCCUAGCGAAUAUGUGCGCCGGGUUGGGAGAACAGCUAGAGGUGCUGGAGGGAAGGGUAUGGCAUUCAUCUUCGUGGUUGGGAAGCAAGUUUCCCUUGCACGAAAGAUAAUGGAAAGAAGCCAAAAGGGUCACCCAUUGCACGACUUGCCAUGUGCUUAGCUGAUGAGUUAGAAAGCGUUCCUAGAAGGAACGAUAACUGAUGCAAUCGCUGACUACUGCUGGUGAAUGACCGGCAACUGCGAAAGAGAGAGACCUCAAUAGCUCAUGCAAUUGCAUUCUGGAGGGAAACACGCAGUAUUUCCAGCUUGUUCUCUCAGCUAGGCAAUAUUUUACGUAGUUGCUACUUUGUAUUGUUUCCAUCUGAGAAGAAAAGAAGGAAAAUGAAAAAGAACGUGUACUUGCAUAAUCAUCACUUUCAGGGCAAGUAGUAACUUAACCAACGGAUCUUGCUUGCAAGUUGCUCGGUUCUUUUGAAGAAGAAUCUUAACCAAUGGAACAGGCUAAGGCUAAGGGCAUAACAUAUGUUCCUUACAUCUUACAUCUAUUCUUUUACAUUGGUUUUGUACUGGUACAUCUGCUCUAUAUUCUACAAGAAAUAGUCGAAGUUAUAAUUGGAGUUUCUUAA